AUGGAGAUAGCUUUUGAGUUACCCAUCAACAUUAAUAUAAAUAAUUUCAGUGAUCAUUUGAAGAUCCACAUGAAAACACAUGACAAUCAGAAACCGUUCCAAUGUACGGUAUGCAAUCGAGGAUACAAUACAGCAGCAGCGUUGACUUCGCAUAUGCAGGGUCAUAAAAGAGACCGGGAGGGACGCGAGCCUGAUCGCCGACGGGUGCUUCGAUGUUUACGCUGCGGAGAUGCCUUUAGACGCCCUGACUUACUACAAGCACAUAUGGUCAGCGCGCAUGGUGUUGAAACAACUGCGAUAUCUCCACCACGGCGGGUCGCAUCGCAACCCCCACCUACACUUCUGGCAUGUAUAUAUUGUACACGUGACACUUUCACCAGUAUGGAACAACUCCAACUUCAUGUACGUGCAGCACAUUCCGCAUUAUUAAAUGGAGAGACGCCCAUGCAAAUUGACCAACCGAUACCUACAGAUCUUAGUAGACGAGCGCCAGAAGAUGUACCGUCAGCCAAACGACCUAGAUCUGGUUCUGGUACACCACAAACAGCUUUGUCUCCCAGUACUCUUCUUUGCAACCAGUGCGAUGCGGCACUGCCUGACUUCGAAGCAUUCCGAAAUCAUUUGAAAGGUCAUUUAGAAGAAGGUGGAGAGUUAGGAAGAUCGAGUCCCGCCCCAUGCUUGCAUUGUGGUGCUACAUUUGCCGAUGCAGCGGCAUCUGAACGUCACCUCGCCGCAUAUUAUUUGGCAGUGUCUUGUGAAUAUACUUGUCACAGCUGCGCACGAAGUUUCUCAGCUCCAGACGAUUUACAAAAGCAUCUUCUAGACUUACAUGCUCAUCAUCUCUAUCGAUGUUCUUUGUGCAAAGAAAUCUUCGACUCAAAAGUAGCUAUUCAGGUACACUUUGCUGUAGCCCACAGUGGUGAAAACAAGGUGUGGAUGUGUCGCUCUUGUGGUGGCAACGCAGGUCCGUUACGUUCGGAAGCUGAGGGAACGGCGCAUGUGCGAUCCAGACAUGUGACGGCAGCUGCGCGGUGUGCGUGCGGUGCAGUACUGGGCGGAGCCGGUCGUCUGGCGCGGCCACAUCGCGCUUACCGCUGUCCCGCACCGGCCUGCACAGAGACCUUUACCGUGCAGUAUUUGCUCGAGCGACACAUGCAAGUGCAUCACGCAUCUCCUCACCAGUCUAUAAACGGUGAGAUAUCAAGAGUAAAGCGAUUGGAUAACAACAAUAGUGCAGAAGGUACCGAUGGAAAUUGUUCGCCGUGCACACCCAGCUCAGACGGAAAUGGCCCCAUAGUGGAAGAGCGGCGACGCAAAAAUGGUGCAGUCGCGCUGCAGUGCGCGUACUGCGGCGAACGCACGCGCAGUCGCGCAGAACUCGAGGCUCAUACACGUGCUCACUCUGGCGCGGCUACUGCGAGGCACAAGUGCCUGAUAUGCGAUGAGGUGUUGCCCUCAGCAGCUGUUCUUGCUGAACAUAAGCUUACACAUUGCAAGGUUGUUGCUGGUGACACGUGUGCUCGAUGUCGUGCUCGCCUACCGUCCGAAGAAUCUUUUCUAACUCAUAUGGCUCGACAUCAUCCUUCGUUGCCUGCACCAUGCGUUGUUUGUCGGCAAACUCUGGCUUCAGAGGCGGAAGCCAGACUUCACGCCCGCUUCCACUUAAGGCCUGCAGAAGAUGAACAAAGGUGCGCGAUAUGCUUAAGAGCGCUGAUAGAGAGUGAAACAGGGGAGGGUGCUCGAGCGUGUUCUUCAUGUUACGCACGUCACGCUGCUCCUCGCCCUCCACCACCUGCAGACCACGAUUGCCGCCUUUGCCGACGAACUCUUGGCUCUCCUACCAGACUUCAAGCACACCUCAUAGAACAUACAUUCGCAGGAAUAAGUGCGUUUACUUGCUAUCUGUGUUCGGCUGUGUUCACUAGCGCAGCUGGCCUGCAACGCCACCUUCCUGAACAUGCAACAGCACCGAAACCGUUUGAUUGUGGAAGGUGUGGUUUGAAAUUCUUCUUUAGGGCUGAGCUUGAUAACCAUGCAUUCGUACAUUUAGAAGAAGCUGAAAUAGCCCAGAGAGCAUUUUAUGAGGCUUACGCGAGAGGAGCAGCUUCAGCAUGGGCUGCGUUGGCACCGCCCGAUUCAAUGCCUCAAACACAGUUGCCUGCUCCUGUGCCUCCUUUAGUUGAAGUUAAAAGGGAGCCCGACAUAAAAGAAGAGCGAAAUACUGAUGAAUAUAUUGAAGUUUCAUCUCCUCCACCAGCCCCACCCCCAGAAGUUCCCAAUCCUUCACCUUCCCUUGUGGUGAAACAAGAGAAACCCGAUGAAGACUGA